AUGUACAAGAAAGUGAGCGCUAUUCAUAGAAAAGAAGGGAUGUAUCUCAGCCGUUAGUUAAGAUAUCAAAAAAUUGUCAACUGAUAAAAGGUACAUGAAUAAAUUUGGAACAUUUUUGUAGUUGACAACUUUUUGAUAUCUCUACUAGCAGCUGAGAUAGUGCUUUUCUAACUUUCUUGUACAUUUAAUCGUGUUAUUUUUCCGUUCCAACGUCUUCUUUUCUCCAAUAAUUGAUUCAUUUUACAGUUGGCGGGUAUUCCAAGCUUAGUGGUAGCUGCAGCGGCCGUCUCGCCCCGAUCCUCGACUCGACCACUUCUCCAACUGCUCCCCAACUGAGCGGCACCUCCUCCGAUCACGACGUCGACGCCGUCCGCCCUCCCUUCUCCCUCUCCCUCUUCUUCUGCCGUCCGUCGUCGUCCACCUCAUCUGCUGCCGUCGCCGCCCACGCCAUCACGACGACGACGGUGCACGAGGCGAGCGCGCCGCCGCAGCACCACCUCCACCAUCAGCAGCAGAGCCGCAGCGGCAUGACCGUCGCGAGUUACAGUAUGGUGCUAUGCGGCUCUUCUGAUGAUCACCGAUAUCGGGGGCGUAUUGAGAAGUGAGUUGAACCGGUGUCGAGGAUUACUGUAGUUGCACUUGGCAAGUUGGAGCUCACGUCAUUUAAGACGCUAUAUCUCUGCUGCAAGACUUUUUCUACAUUUUAUUAAUUGAAAACUUUUUAAUAUCUCCACCUACAACUGAGAUACACUGCUUUAAACAGACGCUAUACUUUCAGAGUAAAAUUUGGCGUUCCCAUCAACGAAGCAUUCGCUCAUGACAUUCCGGCCACCCUCCUCAUGCUUCUUCUCAAAGUGAACAAAGACGGACCGGCAAAAAAGGACAUCUGGCGAGCUCCCGGGAAUCAGGCACAAGUCAGGAAGCUCAGCCAGGUAAUGCAGCACGGCCGACUCGUCAACAUCGAGAACUUCACCGUCUACACGGCCGCGUCGGUCAUCAAAAAGUUCCUUUCGAAGCUGCCGGGUGGCAUUUUCGGGAGGGACAACGAGGAGACGCUGUUCAACAGCGCCUCCACCGGCAUGGACAUUGAGAAACAGCGGCAAGUGUUUUACAGGUGAGCAAUAUUACUCUAUUAGAGAAGACUCUUGAAGAUCAGUUGACAACCUGUACCGAUUCAAAUAAACCGUCUUCAGGAUCUUUGGCUCGCUGCCCGUCGGCUCCCAGCACUUGCUCGUCCUGCUCUUCGGCACAUUCCGCGUGGUCGCCGACUCCUCGGACGGUCACUCGAACGCGAUGAACCCGAAUGCGAUUGCGAUUUCAGUGGCGCCCUCGCUCUUCCACACGUGUAUACACGACGGAAGGACGGUAAGCUGCCGGAUCAAGAAGCGCCCCCGCUCAUCUGAUAUUGUAGGCGCGAGUGGAGGACCUGCAACGCUUCAAGCUCGCCUCCAACAUCGUCUGCUCGAUCAUCUGCUCGUUCGGCGACACGAAGCUUUUCCCGCGCGAGUGCUACGAGUACUACGCGCGGUACACGGGCCGAACGUUGCGGAUCGACGAGAACCGAAUGUUCACAUUCCAUAAUCCGUCCAGUGAGUAUUUCUACUGACACCUCCAACCCAAUUUCCACUCCUGCUCCCUCUUUCUCUUCCCCGUGCACACACACACACCUCCUAACCCUUGAGCCAAUUUCCAACCUUGCUCACAAACACACACCGAACACCAACUAACCGUAGAACGGGUACCGUAUACUCUCUCUCUCUCUCUCUCCCUCUCUCUCUCCCUCUUCCUCUCUCUCUCUCUCUUAAUCUCUCUAUGUCUAUCUAUCACUCAUUUUGAUUGUCUCUAGAGGAACGUAAAGAUGCAUGCCUCACCACUUUUGUUUUUGUUUUCUUUUUUCAUUUUUGCAUGAUGAUGAUAAUGAUAAUGAUCUCUCUCUCUCUCUCUCUUUCUCUCUGUGUCUCUUGGAAUGAAUAAACACUGGUGGUUGUACUUAGUUUUGAAUGUUUUUUCUUCCUCAUCGCAUGACAGCACACACACACACAAACAAACAAACAAACAAAAACAAAAAUACGCGUGGAAGAUGACACCGGAAUGAUAAUAACUUUCUGCUUUUGAGAUGGUACUUGUGUGUUUGUGGUGGUCGUGGCCGAACUUUUACUCUUUUUCAGAUUGGGUUUCUAGGCCAAGAGAUGGAUCAAGAAGCGUACCGUCUAUUCAAGGCAAUGUAUCUCAGCUGACGGUAGAGAUUUCAAAAGGUGAUCAACUAAGAAAAUGUAGACAAUGUCUCGAUAAGCAACAUGUUAUUUGACAACGUUUUGAUAUCUUCAAAAGCAGCUGAAAUACCUCGCUUUGAAUGGGGAGGCAAGCGUUCUGCAGAGCUCUGUUGGUCGUCCAUUCAAAACGAUGUAUCUCAGCUGCCGGUAGACAUAUCAAAUAGUUGUCAAUUGAUAAAAUGUACACAAUAUCCUACUGAGCAAUUUCUUAGUUUACCACUUUUUGAUAUCUUUACCGGCAGCUGAGAUACAUCAAUUUGAAUAGACGGUAUUCAGGUGCCAAGUUCCAGAAGGAUACUCAUGGUUACUAUACCUUCAGAGGAACAUUAUAAUGAUUUUUUUGGGUUACUGUACCUGUAGAUGGCCUAGAAACCCAAACCUCGGCCACCACCUCAUCUUACCGUCUCAAAUGCCGUGGAAACCGCAUCCCGAAAACAUAAUAAAAUGAAUAUAGUGUUGGUGGUUGGUGUGCUCUCUCCGCUCGUGUCAUUGUCCAAAUGGUAACCGGUUUCGUCUCUCACUUCAGACCGUCGUGCACGUGGCGAAGAGUUCUCCGCGUUGGCGGCCAAAUGCGCCGGCGCCUACUCGCUCGCCGCCCUCCAUCUCGCCGAAGAAUCGUCGCCGGAGCCGUCAUUGGCGCCGCCCGUACCCGGAAAGAAGCCGCCACGUGGCGUCGGACGGGCCGGGAGCCUGAAGCAACACGCGUUGACGCAGACGACGGACCACCCGAAGCGGAGCGUCUCGAUCGCCGCCAAAGAGCCCUACCCGACCGAUCUGAGGACGUCUGUCAGCUGCGAUUUUUGAUGUUCUUUCCUCGUUUUUCUUUCAUUUCAUUUUAAUUUCAAUUCUCUGGAAUCUGAACAGUUGCCCCCAACCAAUCAUUUUGUGGCCUAACAUUUGUGCGAUUUGCGAUCGGUGUGAAUAUCUCUUGCGUUCUUCGUUCCCAUUCAGUUCUCGUUUUGCGGUAGAACGCACUUUGUUCACUCGCCGAUCGCAAAGGUCCUCGUCGAAGUCCCCGCCCGAAACCAAUUUGCGUUAUGUGUCCAAUUCUCCUAAUUUCCUUGCUCAUUGAAAAAAAGAAACAGACCGACUUCAUUAAUCUCCUCCUCCUUCUCCUCGUCCCAUUCCCCCGCCGUUUUGCCUUAUUCGAAUUUGCGAUAAUCAUAAUCAAAACGAAGCAAAUGCGUUCCGCUGAGAAUUCUCAAUGGAGCGCACUUUCAGCAGAAGAGAUCAAAAUGAAUGUCCCGCCCGUCCCCGAAAUGUUUUCGUUCUCCCUCGUUUCUCUCAUCGAUGUUACGUGUCAAUUCGUUCCGAAAAGCCGUUCCGUUCCUUUUCCUCCUCCUCCUCCUCCUUUUUGCUUUCCAUUUCCUUUCCCUUCCCGCUCCCGAACAAAAAUCGAUUUACAUACCUGGAAUAUGUGUGUUUUACGUCAGUUCCCAAUCAAUCAAUCAUUCAAUAAAAUGACCGGAUAGAGCCCCGAUUGGUGUUGAAACCCCUCGUUUCAGGCUGUUUUUCGGUGCGCGUGCCCGUCACGAUCCAGGAGAAUGAGCCGAUGCGGAGCAGCCAGCCGAGCACCAGCCGAGCCGGCGCUCAGAAGCCGAUGCCCACAAUGGCGCGGCUCAACAAUCGGCUCAGCAGCAGCGUCGGAGAGGUGAGACAGCAACCGCACUCCGAUGAGAAAGGUGUGGCAUUGAUUCUUAGGUGCUGCUCGAGGCGGUCUCCGACGUGGAAGAACUCAGCGACCUCGCCGACAUCAUCCGUCCGCUGACUGCUUGCGGCGGCGAUCGUUCGCUUUCCUACCUCCAAUACGUGCACGAGAAUCAGGCAAAACGAAUGAAAUCGCGCAGUGAAUGGUUCCUUUCGCCCGUGUCUUCCGCCAAAAAGUACCAAACGUCGUCGAAAUCCGUCGACUAUUUCGGCGCCGUCUCCAUCGAAGAAUCACCGUCUCCGAAGCCACUUCCCAAGCCGGCCAGGGCUCCAUUACAGGUAAGGACAGCCUUGAAUUUCAUUCUAUAAACGGAUUUCAGACGAGUUCCAAGUCGAACAUCUCAAACACUUCUGAGGACAGCGUUCCCACUCGCCGGAGAUCUUUGAAAAUGCAAAUGCGCGCCGCCGCGUUCGCCAACAACCCGAGUGUAAGUUCGUUCCAUCGAAAACUCUACAAAUCUACCGCAACCUUUUUCAGCAUUCCCUGGACUAUCAAGAGAUCGGACCGUCUUCUCUGCGCCGCGCCGGCGAUUCAAACCCCCGUCUGCGAAGUCACACAUCCGUCGAGGCGGACACGUGGCUGACGGAAGUGGUCCCGCACGAUGAGAUCCCGAAAAAGCGACGAAGUCUGAAGAAAAAGACGUCAACGCAAUUCUAG